AUGUACCUUGUGAUAUUAAACAAGUUUAGAGGAUAUGAAAGUUUUGAACAAGGGCUGGCAGGCUUUGGGCUUGCGCGUAGUAAUCCAGACCGCGGGUUCACCGAAAUGUAUCGGUGCUAUUCUGUAAUUAUGAUGCAAGGAAACGAAAGACAAAAUGUAAAUUUUGGUGGAAAGAUUAUCCUUCCUCCUUCCGCUUUGGAAAAAUUAGCAAGUUUGAACAUUGAGUAUCCAAUGUUAUUUGAGCUACGUAAUGCCAAUAAACAGCGUCAUUCACAUGCCGGAGUACUAGAGUUUAUCGCGGAAGAAGGACGUGUCUAUUUGCCUCAUUGGAUGAUGCAAACACUACUACUGGAACAAGGUGAUAUAAUUGAAAUCAAGAAUUCCACCUUACCAUUAGGAAAUUUCGUAAAGAUUCAACCGCAGUCAGUAGAAUUUCUUGAUAUCAGUGACCCUAAAGCCGUUUUAGAGAAUGCACUUAGGAAUUUUGCAACGUUGACUCAAGGAGACAUAAUAGAAAUCAGCUAUAAUUCUAAGAUUUACGAGAUAUUGGUGUUGGAGGUUCGACCUCACAAUAAUGGUAUUUCUAUUUUGGAGACGGAUUUAGAGGUCGACUUUGAUCCACCAGUGGGAUAUGUUGAACCGAAACCACGACCAAAGACUAUGGUAUAUAAAAUGAAAAUCGAUGAACCAGACUCAGAACCGAAAGCCGAAUCUCAAAAAAUACCCGGUCCUUUGAAUUUGCCUUUUGGAAAACUGUUCUUUGGGUAUAAUGUCGUCCCGCUUGGCGAGAAGAAAAUUGAUGAUAAUAAUACCGAAAAACCAGCUCUAGAGCCAUUUUCUGGUGAAGGCCAGACACUACGAGCCAAAAAGCCUAGCAAGUCCGCAUCGCCAUCCAGUUCAGAUGCAGGGCCAUCGAAAAGCGAAUGA